CAAGAACAAGUUAAGCUGCAUAAAGUUUCCUAUACAUAAGAAGAGGGUCUCUUAUCGAGAGAGAGAGAGAGAGAGAGAGAGAGAGAGAGAGAGAGGAGUUUUAUCUUUGUUCUCCUUUCUUUGGAAAGCAACUUUAAGCUUAGAAGAGUAGAGAGAAUAUUAUCAAGUGAUAACUGAUAACGCUAAAAGCGAGUGUGGAUACUAAGAGCUACAGUUUUUCACUAGAGCUAGUUUUUCCAUAUACUCAUCUUGGGAAUUUCAAGUCUUAAAUAAUAAAAUAUAAUGGACUCUGCAAAUUUUCAUCAUCAGCAUCAGCUCCAAGAACAGUUGGCUGAGUAUUUUACUUCAGCAGCCCAAUCUGGCUAUAAAGCUUCUACUACCCGUGACUGGAUCCCAAGCAUCGUUUUAAAUAAUGGUAGUAACUACAAUAGCUAUCUAACUGAAAGCAUCCCAAAUUCACGGGAAAUGUGGCCUAAGUGUACCAUCAAUGAGCAGCUUCUUAGACCUAGCAUGAAUGAAGACUCAAGUUUUUCUAAUGCAAGAAGUACCCAACAAUCAGCCGAUGAAUUGCUCUUUGCAAAAAUCAAAGAGGAGAUGCCAGACACUUUCCCCAAAUUGAGUGAAAUGAUAUGCAAUCCCUCUAGUUCAGAAGAAUCACAUUCACUCUCCAUAAGAAAUGAGCUGCAAUGUUCUCCUAAUAAUCUGUGGCUCAGCAACUUCUCCUCUGGUCGCCAAAUUAUUGGACAACCUUCUGCAGGAGAUUUGUACUCUAAUACUCAGAACCCUGCAAGUUUUGGAGGUGUAGCUGGAUCCAGCAGAUUUAACUUCAGCCAUGUUUUUCCAAGUACUAAUUCAUCACCCUCAGAUUUGUCGUCUUCAUUAGUUUCAUCAAGUUCUUUGGGCUUGAGCUUGCAGACUUUGGAUCUUUUGACAUCUACCAAUUAUGGUGGGAGUUUUAGCCAAUCUUCACAUGAUAUUUUUGGCAUUCGUCGAGAUAGGAUGUCUCUAAGCCCUGAUCACAUGCAAGAACUUGCGGAUAGUCCAUCAAACAGCUCCAACAAAACAACAGCUUUCAUGAAUGGAGUUACAAAAAAGAAGAGGGCUAGUAGUGUUUCUGAGCCAAAAGAGUCUCAUGCAAUAGCUAAGAAGUCGCAGUCAGGGUCACGAUGCUCAUGCCCACCACUGAAGGUACGAAAGGAGAAACUAGGAGACAGAAUUGCAGCUCUUCAGAGAUUGGUAGCACCUUUUGGCAAGACUGAUACAGCCUCUGUAUUAACAGAAGCUAUUGGGUACAUUCAAUUCCUUCAUGAUCAAGUCCAGACAUUGAGCAUGCCUUAUAUGAAAAUAUCGCACAGCAAGCCCAAUAGAGCCAUGCAAACGGGUUUGAGCGAUAAGGAUGGAACAGAACUAGAGCGAGACCUUAAAAGUAGAGGACUGUGCCUUUUGCCCCUAUCUUAUGCGUCAUAUAUUAGUGGUUAUGAGUAAAAGGCUUUGGACACCACGGUCACUGAUAAAGGAGAUAGUUUGAAUUGAAGGUUGUGAUUUAAGAAGAAUAAUGCUGAAAUUAUGAGACAUGCUUAACAUAAGCUCAAGUAAUUAUUCAGUACUUCAGGAAUAUGACAUGAUACUCCCUUCUUUCACAUAAUAAGAGACCUUACUAAUUAAAUUCAUAAUGAAAUUCACCCUUUAUGUGAACGGAGAGAAUACUACCUUACUAUAUCCCAAAAGUACUUGAUAAUUUUCUCAUUUCUCAUAAGCUCGUACCUACAGGCUAGUGCAUGGACUACAAACGCUCACCAGCGUUUUUUUGGAACUCCUCUAGUGACCUUUUGGCUCCAUUCAUUGCACACUAGUCAACCUUUUAUAUAUGAGAAAAUGUUUCCUUUAUCUCUUUAUUUUAUUUUUAAUGUCGACCUCGAUAUAUGAGAAAUGUUUUUAGUGGAGUGGAA